AUGCCUUUUGCAACAAUGGCAUUUUUCAAAAUUUCUGCUGCUUACAGAGCUGAUAUGGCAUGCAGAUCUUACCAAAUUAAUAUUCAACUUGAAACUGAUGAAGAAAAACAAUUCCUCAAUUCAUUACUUACAAAAGGUACAAUAAUUUCUCAAAAUGCUACUUUAGAACUCCUCUCAUCGCUUUCUAAUAUUGCACUCAAAUUGCAAUGCAACUCACUAAUCAAUUAUAUUAUUGAUUAUACAAAUUCGAUUCCAACAUCCGUAUAA